AUGGCCUCACCGUCCCGCACCGUGACCAACGCAGCUACGCAGACGGAGCAGUCCGUCGUCCAUAACGUCACAUCUCCCGCCAUCGGCACUCACUCGUCACACACCGGUGGUGUCGACGCGGAUGUUGAGAUCAACGGCGAGAAGUCUUCCGGCAUGGUAAGCUCAACUGCAGUAGAUCACGCCGUGACGCCAGAAAUGUCUACGGCAACGUACAAUCCUAACGAGAACGUGAAGCCAUUUCAGGCGUCAUACGAAGACGUCGAGAGCAGCGAGAAUCCAGCAGGCCUUGCCGACGAAGGACUUCAUCCAGAGACUGCGGCAAUCGUGAGACAGGUGGAGUGGUACUUUAGCGAUGAGAACCUGGUCCAGGACGCACAUCUGCUUGCGCGGACUGGACUCACCGGAGACGGUUGGGUCAGUCUGAAUGAGAUACUGGGUUUCAAGAAAAUGCGCCAGUAUAAGCCCAAACCCAAGGUGAAGGCCUCUGUCGCAACCAGUGAGCUCCUCGAAGUGGAUGGCAAAUUCAUCCGCCGCAAGUCGCCCCUCGCGACGAAGCCCCUGGUCAAGCCGAAGCUGAACGCACAGCGCGAGCGUGAUGCCAUCUUGGCUGAGAAGCCGUGGUUGACCAAAGGUAUGCUGAAGCCGACUGGCUUCGAGGAAUAUGCGACGGAUGGACCGAUUACUCCGGCACAGUUCAACGUCGAGCGAAAGCUGUUUGAUCCUGAAGAGCGAUUCACCACUCGCAUUGAGUACGCCGCCACACGCUUCUUGGGUCGGAAGAAGAUGCACCAAGCCAGUGCAAAGAUUUUCAACAAGUUCAUGUUUUUUGGAGGGUUCGCCGCGAACAAUAUGUUUACUGGUGGCAUCAAUAAGAAGGAGCUUGGGGAGUACGACGAGGACCAGAUCCUCCAGAUGACGGCGAAGAUGGGGGUUACAGAGUGCGUCACGGACGGCCUCGACGAAUACUCAGAUGCUGCAGGUUCUUGGGUAGUCGACUUCGAGGGCAUGGCCAAAGCUUUCCUCUCUUCGGAGUUCUUUCAGCACUUUGAAUGGACCAACGAGGAGGUUGUUCGCGAGACAACAAACGUCAUCCGCAAGUUUUACGACUAUCUCCUCUAUCAUGACGCCUGUCCUGAGUACGAAGAUGAUAUCCGCAAUGCGCGUGACGUGUGCGAUCUUGCCAACCAGGAGAUUCCGAAGCUCGCCAGAUUUGAUGCUGAACUGCCAGGCGGUCUCAAUACUGCUGCAUCUACCUUGUACGGUGGCUAUUAUGCUGAAAUACGCCCUUGUGACAGCUCUGCUGAUUGGGUGGUCCAAGGGGACGCAAUCGGCCUGUCUGAUCAAGACGCCUGGACGAUAUUGAGUGCUGGUAUCCUGGGCCAUGGGACCGAUGAGCAGGUCGAAGACAUCCACCAGGCGCACAAGGAGAGAAGGCUUCCGAAAGUCACUACCGAGGAAGAUGUUGGACUCGAAGUAGUCCGCAUCGAGAGCAUCUCGGCAGAUGCCAAGCUCAUCUACGAGGAUGACCGCAUUAGUGGUACCUUCAUCAAGCCCACCGGCAAGCUGCACUGCAAGCGCUGGCUCCAUCCUGGCGCUGCUCCCAGAGAUCUUCCAACUGCCGUCGUUGCAGAGGAAAAGAGGAGGGCGAAGGACAAGAAGUACGAGUUUGUGGUGGAGUCACACAUUCUUGAAAACUGUGAGAUCGGUAUGAAGAUGGAGGCGAACGUCAGUCAGCUCGAUAAUGGCUUCAUGUGGCUCGAUGUCGUGACUAACGUCUAUCCGACAUUCUUCAACUGGACUCUCAAUGAGCGUAUGCGAGGUUGGAAGGAGCCUGGUCCGCCGAAGAAGUGGAUGCAGCGGGUGAGUGGCGAGACGCAGACCGAGGAGGGAGGGGGCGAAGGCGUGGAGGCAGAUGAAGAAUCCGAAUAG